UUAAUGUAUAAGACUUCCUUUAUUCCUCCAUCACCUUAACCAACUUAUAUUCAACUCUCUUAUGUUAGAUAUAUUCAACCACCUAUCUAAACAAUUAUUAAAUCAUAAACAACACAAUUACAACAUUCUGUAUAUUGAUUAUAUAUAAAAUAGCCAAUUUCAAUUCCAACUACAAGAGUAUAUCAUGUAUAACCAAUAAUACCUGUUCGACAUAGCAAUUCAAUUCAUCAAUCUUAUACAACAAGAACAGUCAAUCCUUAAUCUUAUUAAAUGGUUUUAAAUACUCCCUAUUAAUAAUAAUCAUAUGUGAGAUCACCUAUUAUAAAUCAACCAUAAUAAUAGCAAUAUAAGUAAUCAUUUCAUUAAUAAUCACCUGUGACUUAAUAGUUUUAGUCAAGACAAUCUAAAUAAGCUCCGAGUUCUAUGUCUAAUUAUUAAGCUGCUCCAUCAUACCAACAUAAACCAUAAUAUUCUCAACCUCCUAUUUUAUCAUAAUAAGAAGAUGAUCUUGAAAAGAAAUUCUAAGAUGCUAUUGAUAGAACUAGAGAUCUAGUAUAAAAAUACAAUAAACCAUAAUCCAAAAAAGAAGAACCUGAAAAAGAACUCUAAGAUCUAGCCCUAUAAUAUGAAGAUGGAUACAUUUAUAGAGGAUAAGGAUAUGAACCAGCUACAAGAGAUGGAUUUGGUGUUUUGACUGACUAAAAUGACAAUGAAGUUUAUAGUGGUUAUUGGCAAGACAAUUAAUAUCAUGGAUAAGGCAAAUUGAUUAAUUAUUCUGCCGAAGAAAUAUAAGGUCCUUUUGAUUAUACAGAUCUCAGUAUCAUCGAAAAUGGUUGGUUAAGUUAUGAAGGAGAGUUCUUUUAGGGGAAAAUGUAAGGAAAUGGAACCCUGUAUCUCACUAAUGGAGAACGUUAUGAAGGACAAUUUCAUGAUGGAAUGAUUGAAGGAAAAGGAGUAUUUUUAACUCAAGAUGGAUAAUAAAUAGAAGGACACUGGAGGGAAGGUGUAUUAGAAAAUUGA